GGGCGUGGUGACCCCGCGCGCAAGCCCAACGAUCGACGCACGCGUGGACGCCCUCAUUUUUGUGAAUCCCACGACCAGUAGCUGUUGCUACAAUCCCGUGAAAUCAAAAUACUCUCUCUGGCUUUGUUACAGCAUCAUGCCUCACCCAUGGGUUUAAACCCUAAACCUCUGUAAGGCAUUGCCGAGGUCAUUCAUGCUGGUUUGAAUCCUGGUUUAUUGUCAGGAAGAGGAGGAAGUAGUAGCUCUGUCGUCACUACGCGAGGGGGGAAAGGCCGUGAGCGAUGUCAUUGUUUGGCACCCCGGCGCAGUCCAGUGGGGCGGCCAUGGGGUCGACGCCGUUUGGAGCUGGUGGUGGAGGUCUGUUCUCUACGCCAUCCUCCGCUGCAGCGCAGACUUCCACCGGGUCGGUUUUUGGAGGUGGAGGGGGUUUGUUCGGAUCAUCGACACCUGCGUUUGGUGGAGGUCUCUUCGGCAGUACUACUCCUUCGACCCCUGCGUUUGGUGCAAGUAGUGGUGGAGGUCUCUUCGGCAGUACUACUCCUUCGACCCCUGCAUUUGGUGCAAGUAGCGGUGGAGGUCUAUUUGGGAGUUCUACUCCUUCCAUCCCUGCAUUUGGAGCAUCAGGUCAGCAACAGGGAACGUCUUUGUUCGGACAAUCUCCAUCGCCUUUCGGGCAGCCUCAGUCGACACCAGCCUUUGGACAAACAUCUGCAUUUGGACAAGCUGGACAGAGCCCCUUGUUUGGAGGACAGCAACAGCAAGCAUCACCGUUCAACCAGGCUUCAGGUGGAUUGUUUGGCCAGCAGCAAUCAAAUAUGUUUCAAUCCCAACCAUCACAGCAAACGAACAUGUUCAAUAGUAGUAUAAGUACUCAGAUGGCUCCAGUAGCGCCAGUAGUUGCGACCUUGCCUGACAGAGAAAUUCAGGCCAUUGUCGAUGCUUACAGGGACGACAUAGGGAAUCCUCAAAAGGGUUUUAAGUAUUUGCUGCUCAGCAUUACUGAUCCGGCAGCACGCUUCAAACCUGUUGGAGUAUCAGAUAUUCUGUGGGCAGAAGCGAUGAACAAAUUAGAAGGUUUGGACAGCAUGGACAGAGAACGAUUGUGGCCGGAAUUGGUGCAUGGCUUCAAAGAUCUUUCAAGACGUAUGAAGCUCCAGGAUGAGGCAAUGACAGCUGAUGUACAACGCCUUCAAGCAACAGAGUCUAAUGUUAAACUCCUCCAUCGCCAUUUUGAAACAGAUACUCUACCUUGGAUCCAGCGGCUUCGUCAAAAAGAGCAGGAGUUGCAACGGCGCCUACUUAAGAUCAUGAGAAUGGUUGAAGCUCUGGAAGGCAAAGGUUUACAUAUGGCACUGACUCGAGGAGAGGCCAAGUUGGGUGAUCACUUGAGGGGACUAACUCAACAGCUUCAAGGAGCGAAUGCAGUUUUGCCCCGAAGAGUGGAAUCACUGCUUUCUGUAUCGCGUAUGCAAGUUGGUUUGGGAGGUGGAUCACAAUCGGUGCUUUUAGGCCCUGGAAAGAUUGAUAAUCAAAGCCUCACUGAGAUGCACAAGGUACUGCAGCAGCAAACAGAAGCAAUUUCACGUCUUGCCACUGUUUUGAAACGAGACAUGAGAGACAUAGACAUCAUUCAUACAGAAGAUACAGAAAUGGUUGACGGGCAUGCAUUCAAUGAUAACGGAAAAUUUUAUGGGAGUCAAGCUGUGGUAGGGUAUGCGCGAAAAUUUCAUUCAGGAUUUUGAGAGGUCGCAGUUAUAAAAAUUCUCUUUAACCUGGUUACCAUCAGUUUAAAUGCCAUCAGUUUUUCGCCAUGUUGACUUGAUUAAUCUAGCAAACAAUAAAAGAAAAAGAAAAAGAAUAUAUAUAUAUAUA